UGCCUUUAUAUAAUGGUAUAUGACCAAAAAACGUGCUUCUCAAGACUUUGUGUAUCAUAUUCAAACUUAAACUUGAAGAGAGUUUUUCAUGGCCAACAACGUGGUUCUCAAGCUUUUUGUUCCCAUGCUGCUGCUAUUUGCAGGAGUAUUUUCAGAUGUGACAUUUCAUUUUGAAAACAUAUGCUCACAUUCAAUAUGGCGUGCAUCAAACCCAAGCAUAGGGGAUUUAGAACCAGAACUAGGUCCAGAAAUCUACGAAAUAUUCAACAUGGAUGAUCAUUAUAGUGGAUCAAUUUGGGCAAGAACAGAAUGCACAACAAAUACAGAUGAUUAUUUUUCAUGUGAAACUGGUGAUUGCCGAUUAGGGACUCGAGAGUGUGCAGACACAACACCUAAUUAUCCCGUAACACUUCUCAAUUUCAACGUUAACGAAUCAAUUGUUUCCUAUGAAAUAAGUUUGAUUCAUGGACAAAAUAUUUUUGUUAAUAUCAAACCUGUUGGUGGAACAUUGUUGGAUGGAUCAGGUCCAUGUCCAGUUGUGACCUGUAAUAUGGAUUUUGGAAAUGUUUGUCCACCAUCUUUAAUAGCUUAUAAUGCUAAUGGACUUUAUGUAGGGUGUAAUAGUGCUUGUGAUGUGUUUAAGGAUGAUGAACAUUGUUGUAAUGGGAAUAAUUGUCAACUUGAUGAGUAUACACUCAAGUUUAAGCAACAAUGCCCUAAUGCUCAUAUAUAUUCUGGUGAUAAUAAGCCUCCUAUGUAUCAAUGUAAAGGGGCUGAAAGUUAUGAUAUAACUUUUUGUCCUGCUAUUGGAUCUGCAACUUAGGUUUUUUAAAUAGAUUAUUAUAAUUAUAUUUUGUAAUAGAUUGUCUCUAUUGACUUAGGUCAUGAGUUAUGAGACAUGAAAGUAUAAUUGCAGUCAAUAGUUAUGCAAAAAGUUUAUUUA